AUGUUCCCGGCGCAGGCGCACGACAGGCCACGGCGCUGCCCGGGCUGCAAACUGCCUUGUUACAGGUCACGCCCCUCUGCCUUCUCCCUUUCUUACACCAAGAGGGGAAAAACACGGAACUACCUCUACCCGAUCUGGUCACCAUACGCCUAUUACCUUUACUGCUACAAAUACCGGAUCACCCUCCGGGAGAAGAUGCUGCCUUGUUAUAAAAGCAUCACUUAUAAGGAACGGGAGGACUUGACACUCCGGCCCCGUUCCUGCCUUCAGUGCUCCGAGUCCCUAGCAGGCCUUCAGGUGGUCAGAAGCACUGAGCAGGGUGAUCACAACCAGUUUAAAGAAUUAUACUCGGCUGGGAAGCUGACGGUGCUGGCUACUGACCCUCUGCUCCACCAGGACCCAGUGCAGUUAGACUUCCAUUUCCGCCUCACUCCCCAGACCUCUACCCAUUGGCACGGUCUUCUCUGUGACCAUCGACUCUUCCUGGAUAUUCCAUAUCGGGCCUUGGAUCAAGGCAACCGGGAAAGUUUGACUGCAACACUGGAGUAUGUGGAGGAGAAGACCAAUGUGGACUCCGUGUUUGUAAACUUCCAAAACAACCGGAAUGACAGAGGUGCCCUGCUACGGGCUUUCAGCUACAUGGGGUUUGAGUUGGUCAGACCAGAUCACCCUGCCCUCCCUUCCUGGGACAAUGUCAUCUUUAUGGUGUAUCCCCUUGAAAGGGACCUUGGCCGCCUGCCCAGUGAGCCUCCUUGAACAUGCUUAUUCCUACUGAGAGGGGCUGGGAGCCUUGAUAAAUGGGAACCAGGAUGUGACUAGAAUAAAGGGUAGUGCAAUCCUCAAGUGUUCACGAUUUCUUGGGAGGGGGAAGGCACGGGGUUGGCUG